AUGCCGCACACUGGACGCCACACGGGGGACUCCAGCCCUGGACACCCCUCGGACCCGGGGAGGAGGGACAGGGGCACCCCCGGGGAGAUGUGCGACCACCACGUGGCCACGGCCCUUCCCUCCGUUUUCAUGAAUGGAGAGCCCCAUUGGCCAAUGCGCCUGCGCGGCCUCUUAGCCCCGCCCUCCCCGCCCGGUUCAGCCAAUGGGAGCGCGCGGGCGGUGUUGUGGUCACGUGCGGCCGCCGGUGUAGUGGCGGCGGCCCCGCCCCCCGACACGGCGGGCGCUUUUAUUGCGCCGUUUUCCGCGCCCGCCCGCGCCGCCCGGCCCCGCGAAGUUCUCACCCUCGGUUACCGCGCCCUCGGUAAAACAUCCCUGGCUCUCCAAUUUGUGAAGGGAAAGUUCGUGGGGUGUUAGGAGCCCAUGGUGGAGAGCACCCACAACAAGAUGGUGGUGGUGGGCAAGGUUGAGUUUCAUGACUGGGCAGGUAAUGACGAGUACACCAUCCUGCCACACUCCUUCAUCAUCGGCAUCCACGGCUACAUCCUGGUCUACUUGGUGACAUCCCUGCGGAGCUUCCAGGUCCAGACCCUCCACAACAAGCUGUACAAGAGCCGGGGGAAGACACCCAUGCCCGUGGUGCUGGUGGGGCACAAGGCAGACCUGGCCGUGCUGAGGGAAGAGGGGCUCUGGGGGUCCCACCUCUGGGAAACGAGGACAGAUGAAGGGAAGAAGCUGGUGGAAUCAUGGGGGGCCGUUUUCCUAAGUUCAGCCAAGGAGAGCCAGGUGACCAUGCGAAUCUUCAUGAAACUCACUGAGGAGAAGAACUGGGUGGACAGAUCCACCAGCUGCCACCUGAUGUGA